AACAUAAGGGAUUUACUGAAGAAGAAAGACAAAAUGCCUUUCAAAGGGUUUGGUUCACUGAAAGAAAGAUUUUUUAACCCAGGAAAGGAAGAGGUGAAGAACACCAUUAGCGACUCGCUGGGGAAUCUGAGAAGGAAGCUUGAUGGCACCAAUGUGGAGGAGGAGCCCCUGGAGCUGACGGCGGAGGGCCGGCCCGUGGCGGCAAGCGGGCGCCAGGCCGCGCCGUGCGAGUGCCACUGCUGCGGCCUGCCCAAGCGCUACAUCAUCGCCAUCAUGAGCGGCCUGGGCUUCUGCAUCUCCUUCGGCAUCAGGUGCAACCUUGGCGUGGCCAUUGUGGAGAUGGUCAACAACAACACUGUCUAUGUCGAUGGAAAGCCAGAGCUGAGGACAGCCCAAUUCAACUGGGAUCCAGAGACUGUAGGACUCAUUCAUGGCUCUUUUUUCUGGGGUUACAUUGUGACACAAAUUCCAGGAGGGUUCAUCUCAAACAAAUUGGCUGCUAACAGGGUAUUUGGUGCAGCUAUCUUUCUAACAUCUACACUGAACAUGAUCAUCCCUUCUGCAGCAAGAGUGCAUUAUGGCUGUGUGAUGUUUGUAAGGAUUCUUCAAGGUUUGGUGGAGGGCGUCACGUACCCAGCCUGCCACGGGAUGUGGAGUAAGUGGGCCCCGCCGCUGGAGAGGAGCAGGCUGGCUACCACUUCAUUCUGUGGAUCUUACGCAGGUGCGGUGGUGGCCAUGCCCCUGGCAGGAGUGCUGGUACAGUACAUAGGAUGGUCUUCAGUCUUUUACAUUUAUGGAAUGUUUGGGAUUGUUUGGUAUGUGUUUUGGCUGCUUCAUGCCUAUGAGAGCCCUGCUGUGCAUCCAACAAUAACCAAUGAAGAAAGGAUAUAUAUAGAAACAAGUAUAGGAGAAGGAGCCAGCCUAGCUAAUGCAAGUAAAUUUAGUACUCCAUGGAAGAGAUUUUUCACUUCAAUGCCAGUUUAUGCAAUCAUUGUGGCAAACUUCUGCAGAAGCUGGACCUUCUACUUGCUCCUUAUAAGCCAGCCUGCUUACUUUGAAGAAGUCUUUGGAUUUGCAAUAAGCAAGGUUGGCCUUUUGUCUGCAGUUCCUCACAUGGUCAUGACAAUCAUUGUGCCCAUUGGAGGGCAGCUAGCUGACUUCUUACGGAGCAGGAAGAUCUUAACCACUACCACUGUAAGGAAGGUCAUGAACUGUGGAGGCUUUGGGAUGGAAGCAACCUUGCUUUUGGUGGUUGGUUAUUCUCACACAAAAGGUGUGGCUAUUUCCUUUCUGGUGUUAGCAGUAGGCUUCAGUGGCUUUGCAAUUUCAGGCUUCAAUGUGAAUCACUUGGACAUAGCCCCUCGUUAUGCCAGCAUUCUGAUGGGGAUCUCCAACGGCGUGGGGACGCUGUCGGGAAUGGUGUGCCCACUCAUCGUUGGUGCAAUGACAAAGCAUAAGACCCGUGAGGAAUGGCAGAACGUCUUUCUGAUUGCAGCCCUGGUGCAUUACAGUGGUGUGAUAUUCUACGCUAUCUUUGCCUCUGGGGAGAAGCAGGAAUGGGCUGACCCCGAAAACCUCAGUGAAGAGAAAUGUGGCAUAAUUGAUCAGGAUGAACUGGCAGAAGAAACAGAGAUGAACAAUGAAACUUUUGUAAGCCCAAAGAAAACGUAUGGUGCUACCAGUCAAAAUAGUGAAGUACAGAGAAGGGAAUGGAGGAAGCAAAAGCAAGUAACUCAAGACAUGGAGGAACAGACUUCUUACCAUUAUGAAAAUGGAAAUUUUCAAGAUUUGUCUUAA